ACAGGGUCAAGAGAGGGCUUCACCAAGGUCAGAGGCCUGGUCCCAGGAGACAGGGGACUAUGCAGUGAAGAGUCAACACCGAGAGGAAGGCAGGGGCGGAGUCAGAGUACCCUGUGCCUCCCAAAGUGCUGGGCCAUGGUCCCUUUCUGAACAAGAAUGUUCAUCCAGCUUCCAAGUCAUAUCUGGUGUUGGGCAAAAGGCAGGCUCCGCUGGGCUGGGCAUGAGCAGAUUCUCUCCUGCUAUCUCAUUGCUUCUCCGGGAAAGGAAGCAAGAGUGCCCUGGAGGGUGCCCCUCUGUGCCCAGUCUGUGGGCCCUUGUGCCUGCCCUGCUUCUGCCAUUUUAAGAGGACCACCAUCACACCUGGCUGAGGGGGAAGAAGUUUGGGCAACUGGGCAGAGCUGUGCACCCUCCGGAUCCUGGGAAGGCCUGUGGAACCAGCAGCUGGGACACUUGCACGGAAAGAACAGAAGAUGGUCAGUGAUGACAGAAAAUUUCAGCAUGCAAACAUGUUUGAAAAACACAGAUCCUAAAAGCCAGGCAUCUGCGGGCCCCACUGCUGUAACAGGGAUCCUACAGAAUUGAAGAAAUUAUCUGAAUGUGGCUGUUGGGCAGAAGUCGCAUGGUCAUCUUCUGAGCAUCUUCCCUGUCUGCGUGGAACCUCACUGAACCCAAGAUCAGAGAGAAAGGAAAAAAAUUCAGUUGCCAUUUUAACUGGUCAUCUCAAAGCUCUACCCUGUGGCAGGUGGGUUUCUCGUUAACUCUUGCCCGAAUCUCACCGAACGGCACCUAACAGCUGACAGACACAUCCAAACAGAAGCUGACGGAGACGGUCCUACGGAAGCUGACGGACUAUGCAGGGAAACAAAAAAUGCGCAGAUGGGUUCAGUGACACCUCCAGCAUCGGCAGCGUGCUGGAUGAAGCAGACCGGGAGGUGAGCAACCUCACAGACCGGGCAUUUCGGAGUUUGUGCAUCUCGGAGGACACAUCCUUCCAUGACUCUGACCUGGCUCUGUCCCCGGAGAUCACCAGCCAGGUGUCAGGGACUUUUCACCAGGAAACAGUGAGCCAUGCCAACAGGAAAAGUGGGAUUUGGAGCCAGCUUCCAUCCCAAGGCACAGAGCAUUCUGGCUGGGCAGCCACCUUCCAACAGCAACCCAAGUACGUUCAGGGGGAGGAAAAAUACCCCAAGAACAGUCCUCUGCCAACACCAGUCCAGAGGAGACUGGAGGUGCCCAUUUCUGGACUGAGGAGCAGCAGCAAGCCCAUCUCCAAAGUCUCAUCCCUGAUCAGAUCUUUUGACAGGACAGAGGCUCAACCUUGUGACAGCCGGCCUCCUCCCAGCAAGCCUCCGGCUCUCAAAAACACCCCCAAGUUUGCACAUCCCCCAGAAAGUGGUGUCAACUUCUGCUUCGAUUCGGCCUUUCUGACUGUCAGGAGGGUGCCUGCUGGAGUCUCCAGCACCCAUCAGAGCAGCCACCAGCCCUGCAGGGCUCCUGGAGAACCAGAGCCUCCCACGAACCCAGAAAUAGCCUGUCACAGCUCAGACAGCCUCCUCCGGGCACCCGACCGUGUGGCCGGCUCCUGCGAGCCAAGGUUUCCCUCUCCGUCUCUCAAGCCACCCAAAGCUGAGACCGGAAGAGGGAAGGAGUGGAUUUCCAGGGGGACUUUUCUACACAGUGAGAACAGCGCCUUCGAGUCGUGGGACGCCCACCAACCAAAGCUCCGGGAGAGAAAGGACAUUACUGAAACUACCCCAGAAAGCAAGGCCCCCAAACAUUAUGAGGACAUGCCCUUGCUAAAGGAGCCCUACCCUGCAGAGUCCAAACUGUCCCCGUGCCAGGGCCGAGCUAACUGUGCCCAGGAAGAGAACAGGUCGCCCUCAGGGAUCCAGUCCACGUCUGGAGCCUGGGGUGCCAGGGAUUCAGGAUCCCAGGUAUUCCCUGUAGAGGGAAAUGCUUCCCAGAUUGACCCUCAGGUGAAGCGGAAUCAGGCCCCAUGGAGGAAGCCAAAGACUGGCAAAGGAGGGACAGAUGGCCCACAUGAUGCUUCGGAAGACAAGAAACAGCCCAAUAGGAAAGGUUUACCUCUGUAUUCAAAGCUCAACCCUCAGGGCCAACUUCCUGAAAACGGUGUUCUAGACCUGCCAGAGGAGUCCAGUGACCAUUACAGUUCCCCCUUUAACAUCAGUAAGCUCCUCACCCCAAUUAUAUCCACAAAGCAUGUCCUGGAAACUUCAGACACCCAACCAGUGGAAACCAGCCCAUCCCCCCCAGGACAGCUAAAUGGAUACCAGGAGAAGGAGUCCAGUGAGGCUCAGUCUCGGGAUAGUUACAAAUCCAAAGCACCCAGUCUGCUGUUCAACCUCAAGGAUGUUCGGAAACGUGUCAAGAGUACAUACAGUCCCUUACCUCUUCUAAAGGGCUUUGAUGAGAAAACCAGAGGUAAGCUUGAUGGCAAACAGGAACCUCUGAGCAAUGGGGUCACCCUUCCCAAUGGGCUUGAAGAAAACCCUCCCACCGCUGAGCUCGUGAAGGAGACGCUGGAUGAUGCCCCUAGCGUUUUGCACAGCAGUACCCAGAAGGAUCCUGCUAUGGACUCUAGAGAAUCCUUUGCAGACAGCCACCCGACCUUCAGUUCACCUUCAGCUAGCUCCAAAACCCACUUCAGCAUCAAUGGGGAAGCUGCAGAAAGGAACAGUCAUGAGAAGGAAGAAGCCAAUGGAGAGUCAGAGCAGGGUCUCUCCGAGGGUGGCUGGCAUCCAGACUCCAGGGAAAACCUUCCCCGGAAACAUCUCUCCCUGAAACUCUGCAACAGGGACUCUGAAACGGGACAGGCUACGGAGAAAAUGAAGCCCCGUCAGCUGGAGAAGAGGCUCUCGAGAUCCAUCUCCCAAGAGACAGAGCCUGAGCGAGAAAUGGGGUUCCAGAAUCUACCCGUGAGCCAGAAGUUCUCCCCAGGACCCCUUUCCCCUGAGGAGGAGGAUGUGUUUUACAGCGACAGCCAAUCGGAUUUUACCCCGUGCGUCCAAACAAAGGCUAAAUUCAGCACCAGUUCUUCAGAUCAAUCCUUUGCUUCUUUUGAAGAUCAGCAGAAGAUGUGGUUUACGGAAGGCCCCCGGGAAGAUGGGAAGAGUCAUGUGAGUUUAGGUGACAAUCAGAAGGACGAGAAGGAGACCGAGGUAGAGAAAGAAGAGCCACAACAAUGUGCCUUACAUAAUGGUGUGGAGGAGCACAGACAGAAGGAAACACAAAGAAAAGCACAAGGUGUUUUGGGAGGAAGACCCAGGAAAGCAUCAGCUGAGGAAGUCAGCGUUAGAGGCUCUUGGACGGGGGCUGAUAAGGACACAGCUCUUUCACAUGCCAAGGACCCAACCCCCUUGCCAGCUUCUACCAACAAGCACAGACUGUUCCCAAUUAAAGACAACACACUCAGGGCCACCCCAGUAAUAAAGCCUAUUAUUCUGCCUCUCCUGAGGACAGUCUCCUCAGAGGACUCACUUAGUGGUGGACACAAAGAGAAUGAAUUGCCGAGGCAACCGUGGGGCGAAGAUGCUGGUGGCCUUGGUGCCUCAGAAAGCCAGGAAAUGCGUAACACCCCACUAUCCAAUAGCACACCGAGCACAGAGCAGAAAUGUGUAGUGUAUGAGGGAGUGGAGGAGGACCCUGUACACACUGCAGCCCAGGAUGAGACUUCUCAGCAAACCCGGAAAGGGAGUUUCUCUUUUCUACCACUGGUGGAAGAGGGAGGCAAGACGAAACCACCCCCAGAUACAGCAGACGAAAGGCUAGCACACGAGAAGAGCAGAUCGGCAGACUCAGGGAAACUGGAGGCUCCACAGCAUAUCCCAACCAUCGCUUUACACUCAGAUGACUUAGAAGACUCGCCCCCCUCCCUGCCACAACAUACCUGUUGGGAAGAACAAGGUUUCAAAAGCCACUUUUUGUCUGCACCCAGAGCAGGACCUUCAGGAAGAAGACCGGUCCCCAGUGAGGCAGCGACGUCCCCUAACCCCAGCUCUCUAGGAGGGAGCAGCACGUGUUCCCCUGCAGCCAGCAGUAUUUGGGAAGACGCUUCCCAGGCCGCUGGGGAACACUGGCAGCGCCAAGAGCCUCCUGGCCCUGGCCCCUGGGCCAGCCCGGGUCCUUCAGGUCCUACAGGGCUCACUAGGAGGGAGGACAUGACACGUGGCCUCACAUGGGAGGCUGAAGGUUCAGAUCCCCACCUCGAGCGGUUGGCAGAUUUCAGGACCCUCUCUCCGAGAGGCAUCUUCCUAACUGGUGCUGCUGAGAAACCUGAGCCCUCUUCGCUGCUAGAGAAGGCGGCAGGCAAGCCCCCUGCAGUCCCGCCCAAGACCGAGAAAGCCCUGCGCAGGGCGAAGAAGCUGGCGAGCAAAAGAAGGAAGAGUGAUCAGAUGUCGGAGAAGCAUACCGAGGCCUGGGAGGGCAAGUCCUUCACCGAGGACGCUCAAGGGACAGAGCAAAGACCUGUGUCUCCUGGAAAGGGGCCUCGACCCAGGUUCCCUGAGGUCCGCUCCCUGCCCCCGCCCACACACCGCCAUUCAGUGUCCUGUGGCUGGGAGCCUGCAGGGAGGCGGCCUUGGGGAUCUCAGUCCCUCAUACCUCUCCCCCCUUACCCCGCCACCCAGAAGGUGCUCCAGGAUCCCCAGUCAGGACAAUACUUUGUCUUCGAUAUGCCUCUCCAAGUGAAAAUCAAGACUUUCUAUGACCCCGAGACUGGCAAGUAUGUCAAGGUCUCUGUCCCAUCCUCUGAGGAGGACCCCUCAGAGCCACCUCUGCAGGAUGCCCUGACUGCUCCCUACCUACUGUACCCUGGCUUCCAGCCAGUGCCUGUGACUUCCUUGAUGCCUCUGCGCUGCUCUUCCCAGCUUGCAGCUCCCACCUUUCUUAGGCAGGGUUCAAGCCACAGGCCCCAGAGUUCCCAGGGUGCUAGACUGCAGCCUCCCCCUGAACGGCUGGGUGAGUCCGCCCAGCAUGUCAGUUCUGCCCAGCGCCCCCGUGGGCCUCCCCUUAGUCCCGAGGAAGAGGGUGCGGAAGCCCCAAGCCUAAGUAUCAUCUCCACAGAUGACCUAGAGGACUUUGCCACAGAGGGUGUUUCUUGAGAAUUGCACCAGACUGACCUCCCCCACUCUCAAAAAGGAGAAAAGCUUACAGUCACAGACACUCUCUAACAAUGUCUAUCUAUCUAUCUAUCUAUCUAUCUAUCUAUCUAUCUAUCUAUCACACACACACACACACACACACACACACACACAUUUCAAUUCAUCAUUAGACAUUUGAGGUCCCUAUCAUCCAAAAGAAUGCUCUGUGUGCUCCCUAGGGCCAAGAUUCAUUCCCUUCUUCCCAGUCCCCUGGCUGCUCUUCUCUGAACCCGCAGUGGGGUGGACAUGGCAUGGGACAGCAGCCAUCCUAAGAGUAAUUUAGCUCAGGGCACCCCAAAUUCUCCUUCUCGAGGGUGGGCCUCCUCAGCAAAGUUCCCAGAAAUGCUGACCCCUGCAGCUGGUGGGAAGCCCCACCACCACACCCAACCUGGGGUCAAGCAUAGCACAUAGCAGCAGAGUUUUAGGUCCCCUCAGGUGGCACUGGCUAAGAACAGACUCAAGGCAAUCUUGCGGAAGUGAUCAUUUGCAGAGUGGGUUUUCCUCACAGUGGGAACUUUGUCUCUAAAGAAGAGCUUCUGAUAAAGCAAAAGUUAACAUUUAAAAUGUGAAACAAGUUUGCCUGCGUGGCCCUGUCCCUGGACUCUUGUCUUUCUUCUGUGUGAGUUCUCAGCUAGAAGGUGAAAAGGGUCAUGAACCCUGCAGCCCCCUCCCCAAGAGCUGCCAUGGCCUUCUUCCUCCUUCCACCCCAACCCUGUACUUUCUCCGUCCCGGCCUGUGCCUCCUGCAGGAGAUGUAAAGAUGUUCUCAGGAGAUGAGCUGAGGAGACCAAGUCAGACAUUAGUGAGUGGUUCCUGUGUCCUGCACUCAAAUAGGAGGAUGGGAGGAAUCAGAUGCAAUCGACCACCCUCCUUCAGUUCACGGGGUGCCACCCACACUGGGAACGGGAGGUUCAUGCAUAGCUCGUCAUGUCUUUAAGAAACAAAACAAAACAGGAUUUGAAGCAAUAUUCUGAGUCAGGAUUUGAAUUCAGGAUUUUGUAUCUAAUUAUCUUCCUAACGAGUGAAGCCACACCUGAAUUUCGUGGUGGAAAUGCCCCCAGACACUCCCGCCUUUCCAUGCCAUUGGAUUUGGCUACACUUGUCAGAACAGAACUCUUCGUCAGAAGUUCAAGUCACUUGCCCCACAAAUAUGGCUCCUCCAAGUCACUGACGAGAGACCGAAGACACGCUUGGGUGAUGCCACCAAGUCACCUCCAAGGUCCUCUCUGCUAUAUUCUCAUCUGGCUAGAAUAUUAAAAAAAAAAAUUAUCUCAUCUUGAAAGUCUCAAGUCCCCUAGAAAAGAAGUACCUAAUCAAAGAGUCCCAAAGCUCAAUGCUCACCAUGGUUAUUUAAAAAAAAAAAAAAAAAAGGUCUUCCCACAAGGAAAAAAUGUCUGGGGCAAUUGUUUGGGGAAAGCAAUCUUGGAGGCUGUAUCGGCAGGGCUAUAAACAGAAGUGAAAAGCUCAUCAGGAGGGUGUUUGGAGGUCAGAGUCAACUGCCCUUGGAUUUCGUAGAGGAGGAGGGCUUGGGCAGAGGGUGGGGUCUGCUCACAUUGGGAAGAAGGUCAUGUCAUGGACUCCUGGAGACCAGCAAGCCAGUCCUCACUCACAGCAAAGCAUCUGUGGUCCUACAUUCAGAGGACAGCUUGGAGAAUAAAACAAAGUCUCCACCAA